CGAAACUUUUAAUAUUUAUAGUGCCAUUGAUAUUUUGCAUGCUGACGAUUUGGAUAUACUCGAAAAAUUUAAGGAGCUUAAUGAGUAAUUGUCCAUUGGUAAUUCGAACUCAUUGCUUAGUGCUUGUAAGCAUAUAUCCAAUAGUCAGCUUGUUCUCUCUUACUGCCAUAGCCAUACCGAGAACUUACUUCUUCAACGAUUCUGCUGGACAUAUAGCAUUUAUGGUCAUUAGUUGGCAUCUCUACAGGCUUUGCAUGAUAUACGUAGACGGCGAGAAGAACUUUAUAUCCACAAGUGGAGAUGAGGCAUUCACUUUGAAGUCACCACCUUUAUGCUGCUGCUUACCACUUAACAGAGUUCCAAUGACAAAGAGUUCCUCUAAAUUCGUCAAGUUCCUGAUCAUUCAAAUGCCAAUAACACACAUUUUGAUAUUUGUUGUGCUGAAUAUAAUCUACAUUGAGGAUAUAAAUGCAUUUGAUGACUUGAUACUGUACUUUAUACCAUUUAUUGCCUUAACGGUACUUGGAGGCAUUUGGGGAUAUAAUUUGGUAGUUCGGACGCUCUCGCCUUACUAUCCAAACUUAAAGCUGAUCCAAAAAUAUUUUGCAUUUCAACUUGUGCUGUUCUUUUGCAAGAUCUUUCCAAUUCUUAUGAAUUUUAUCAUGAAAAUGAUCAUCACAUCAUGCUAUGGACCAUUGACUAUUGUCGUGAAAAGGCACAUAAUCAUUCAAAUACAAGUACAGAUUCAAAUGUUUAUACUCAGUUUGUGGGCAAUGCGCUUGUACAAAGAUCCAAUGAUGAAAUAAAAUAAUUUUAAGUCCAAGGCAGACACAUC